AAUUCAAUAUUGAAUGACCCGAGAGACGGACACUUUCCUCUCCACUUCCUGGUUAGGGUUGCACAAUCUCCUUAGUUGCUCACCAUCUUGAAGAGAAAUCAACCCCUCUAAACUGUCUUUGUACUUUUGAGAUAGAAACCCACAAUGGCUUCCACAAGCUCCUUCAGAGCCUCUUCUUCUUCUUCUACUCCUUCCAUCCCUCAAACAAGUACUUAUGAUGUUUUCUUGAAUUUUAGAGGCGAAGACACCCGCUAUAAUUUCACUGAUCACCUCUACAAAGCUUUGGUUAACAGAGGCAUUCGCACCUUCAGAGACGAUAAACUCAGGAGAGGAGAAGCGAUCGCUCCAGAACUCUUGAAAGCCAUCGAAGAAUCAAGGUCUUCCGUAAUUGUUUUCUCUGAAAACUAUGCUCGUUCGAGAUGGUGUUUGGAUGAGUUGGUAAAGAUCAUGGAGUGCCACAAAGAUCUGGGACAUGCUGUUUUCCCAAUUUUCUAUCAUGUGGAUCCAUCCCAUGUACGAAAGCAAGAAGGAAGUUUUGGAGAGGCCUUUGCCGGUUAUGAAGAAAACUGGAAGGACAAGAUACCAAGGUGGAGGGCGGCCUUGACGGAAGCAGCCAAUCUCUCUGGAGAGCAUCUACAGGAUGGGUAUGAGUCCGACAAUAUUAAGAAAAUAACUGAUGACAUAUUCUGUCAAUUGAAUUGUAAGAGGCUUGAUGUUGGUGACAAUUUAGUUGGAAUAGAUUCUCGCCUAAAAGAGAUGGAUUUGCGGUUGGAUAUGGAAUCAGAUGCUGUUCGUAUUGUUGGGAUAUAUGGAAUUGGUGGGAUAGAUGCAAGCGUUAUUUAGGAUUGGCAAGGGUGAACCUCCUCCUGUUUCUAAUUCCUUGUCAUCAGAUGCCUGAGAUUUUAUCCUCAAAUGCUUGCAAGUCAACCCUAGUAAUCGGCCUACUGCUGGUCAGUUACUGGACCAUCCAUUUGUGAAGAGGCCACUGCACACUUUCUCUGGCCCUCAAUCUCCUCGUAUGAAUGGAAUACGACCUUAAAAGCUUUUGAUCUUGCUACAGAGCAUCAAAUACAUCAAGGUUGUUAACCGGAAAAAUAAGGGCUAUGGGCUUGCAGCUGAUAUAUGGAGCCUUGGAUGCACUGUGUUAGAGAUAUUGACUCGUCGACCCCCAUAUUCCCACUUGGAAGGCAUGCAAGCGUUAUUUAGGAUUGGCAAGGGUGAACCUCCUCCUGUUUCUAAUUCCUUGUCAUCAGAUGCCCGAGAUUUUAUCCUCAAAUGCUUGCAAGUCAACCCUAGUGAUCGGCCUACUGCUGGUCAGUUACUGGACCAUCCAUUUGUGAAGAGGCCACUGCACACUUUCUCUGGCCCUCAAUCUCCUCGUAUGAAUGGAAUACGACCUUAAAAAGCUUUUGAUCUUUGCUACAGAGCAUGAAAUACAUCAAGCUUCUUUGCGCUCACAUGGCUAUGACUUUACUUGGGAUCAUCUGGUGGAAGAUUAGUUUGCGGCUGAUAUAGCUGGUAUUUGACAUGCAAGGAUCAUACACACGUAAAGACAUGAUCGGUCAGCCAUGAUGCCCUCCGGAGUAGAGCGGAUUUUGUAUAAAAAGCCAACCCCGUGUUGGGCUUUGUGUUAUAUCCUCGUUAGCAAGAGGAAAAAUUGGUGAGACAGCAUUGUUUUGGAGUUCUGAUUUCUUGGAAUUGGUGUGCAAUUAGCAAGGUAAUUGUUUUGGGUAGAAAGGGUUGAGGGAUGAUGUUUGUAUGGGUCAAGUGUAAAUAUCAAUAAGAAUGUGUAUAAGUUAGCCAAAAAAAAGGGAAAACAAAGAUUCUUCACAUGCUUGCUUUUUUGUUGUAUGAAUUUGUUAAUUAUGUAGGAAAAUUAGCAAAUAGGAGGUGUGUUCAA